AUGGGGAAAGGUCGUGCACUAAGCGACGGAGUGAUUAAGAAGAUCAUCCUCUCUUACACCUAUGUCGCAAUCUGGAUCUUCCUAAGCUUCACCGUAAUCGUGUACAACAAAUACAUCCUCGACAAGAAGUUGUACAAUUGGCCUUACCCAAUCACUCUCACCAUGAUUCACAUGGCUUUUUGCUCUUCCUUAGCCAUAAUCCUCAUCAAAGUCUUCAAAAUCGUCGAGCCUGUUUCAAUGUCUCGCGAGACUUAUCUCAGAUCCGUCGUUCCAAUCGGCGCCUUGUACUCACUCUCCCUCUGGCUAUCGAACUCUGCUUACAUCUACCUCUCCGUCUCCUUCAUUCAGAUGCUUAAAGCCCUAAUGCCAGUCGCUGUUUACUCAAUCGGAGUUUUGUUGAAGAAGGAGACUUUCAAAUCUCAGACUAUGACCAAUAUGCUCUCAAUCUCCUUCGGUGUCGCUAUUGCUGCUUAUGGUGAAGCUAAGUUUGAUGUCUGGGGUGUUGUUCUUCAGCUUGGUGCUGUUGCUUUCGAGGCUACAAGGUUGGUUCUUAUUCAGAUCUUGCUUACUUCCAAAGGAAUCAAUCUUAAUCCAAUCACUUCUCUCUAUUACGUUGCUCCUUGCUGUUUCGUUUUCCUCUCUGUGCCUUGGAUCUUCGUUGAGUUUCCGAUCCUUAGGGAUACUUCGAGUUUCCACUUUGAUUUCUUGAUAUUUGGAACCAAUUCGGUUUGUGCGUUUGCUCUGAAUCUUGCUGUGUUCCUUCUCGUUGGAAAAACCUCUGCUUUGACCAUGAAUGUUGCUGGUGUCGUCAAGGACUGGCUCUUGAUCGCGUUCUCUUGGUCUGUGAUCAAGGACACGGUCACGCCGUUGAAUCUAUUCGGCUACGGGCUUGCGUUUUUGGGUGUUGGGUAUUACAAUCACUGCAAGUUGCAGGCAAUGAAGGCCAAAGACGCACAGAAGAAGGUUCAAGAAAGUGACGAGGAAGCUGGUAAGCUUUUGGAAGAAAGGGAAAGUGAAGUUGCUGGAAAACGAAACGAAACACAAGAUUGA